AUGUCCUCAUCAUCAAUUAGAAGACCAUCCAGAAGCCUGGAUCAAUUCGAGGAGCUCGUCUACGAGUACUCCGCGCGGAUGGGCCAACAUGAUCAGGAGCACUGGGACUUUGAUCCUCGCGCCUGCAAUCUCCGCUUCGAAUCCGCUACCCGUGGGCCUCCAGCACAAGUCUCAUACCUUCUCACCGUAGCCCCUAAACUGUGCAAUUUCAUGGGUAAUCUGCACGGCGGGUGCGCCGCCACGAUUAUCGAUGUCCUCUCCACCGCUAUCCUCCUGGGCAUCUCGAAACCAGGUUUCUUCUCCCUCGGUGGUGUUAGUCGAAAUCUCAAGGUCACUUAUCUGCGCCCCGUGCCGGUGAACACGGAGAUACGACUGGUAUGUCAAGUUAUCCAUACGGGGCGCCGGUUGGCGCUUUUGCGAGCUGAGAUCUUGAGAGCCGAUAAUGGCGAUCUCUGUGUGCUGGGGGAGCAUGAGAAGGCGAAUACGGAUCCUGAGUCAAGCGUGAAGAUGUGA